UACUGGCCGUCAGCUUUAAUGAAGAGAUUUUGUGCCAAUGUCUCAUUCAGGGAGUUGCUGUUGUGUAGGCUAGAUACUCAUUGCACAUACACCAUCUACAUUUAGUCCAACUAUAAUACGAGGGGGUUAUAUACAAUAUCUGGCAAGGGGUUAGUAUUUUCUUCUCUUUUUUUUUGUUCUUGAUAACAGUGGGGGUGGGUGCAUAUUUACAUUUUGACACUAGAUGGCGAUAAUGGGAUUCAGGUCGGCUAACUGCACCAUAGAGGAAGAAGCCCUGGAGCGGAAGAGAAGAACCGCCAUCUUCGUGAGGUCCAGAGCGUCAGCACAAAGGUCUUUACUGCAAUAUUCUCACCUAGAUAUCCGUAGUUUCAGUAGUAUUCCGUUCAUGUUUGACUGUAUGUGACUGAGCGUUGCGUCCAACCCAUAUAUAUAUCAGGUACCACGAAAAGCCUAGUGUGGGUCAUGUUAUUGGUCAUUAACAGUGAGCUAAACCCUUGUACCAGCAAUAAGAUGGAGACCACGACGUAACAUGUUGGUCAUUACACAUUUAUGUCGAACCGUCACAAAUUAAUGGUCAAAUUCAAAAUAUCCAAAAGCUACUCGUUUCUCAAGUGCAAGUUAUUUCACUGAAAAUGAGCACUUGGCGACCAUCGGCCACCCAGACAACCAGUACCAACAUGCAGACAACCAGUUGUACCACCAUCAUGUGUCCUUAUCCUGGGUCACUGCAAGUCAGGUCAUUUCCUUAAAGGAGACACAGCAACGAAGUACCUUCUGAUGCCUCGACAUUGCUCAGCUGGAGGCUGCAAAUCUCGCGAUAACCGUGAAACUCGCAAGGCUGGCAUUACUUUUCACAAAUUGCCCAAGGGAGCCAGCCGAAGGAAUUUAUGGAUUACAAAUUCACACCGCAAGGGUCUUUGGGACCCCCAAACAGACUUUGUUUACUUCUGCUCAAAACACUUUACUCCAGAAAAUUUUGAGCUCACUGGAUACAGUGGAAUCCGCAGGCUGAGAGAGGAUGCCUUCCCUACCGUGUUUGAUGCGUCGCUGGGGCCCAAACGCAAAGGGCCCGGCCGCCCUCGGAAGAAGGAAGCGCUUCAUCUCAGACAGAAGCCACCGGUCACAAUCAAAGAGGACCGCGUGGAGGCCGAGAACGGGGAGGACAUCCGUGACCCCCCACCGUUAAAGCAGGAGAAGGCCGGCCUGUGUGCGGAGGCCGAUGUCUUCCACCCGCUGGCCUGUUUGGACGAGGCCUCCUCCGAGGCCCAGCCCGUCUCCUUGACGGACGGCUGUCCCUCUCCUCCGGUCCCCCGAGAGUCUCCGCCCGCCGAGUGCCCCGCCUCCCCGUCCCGCUACAUGCGGCGCCUGCCCCCUGCCCCCGGGUUCUACCUGCGGAGGGAGCACAGCUACGCCCAGCUGUGUCCCCUGCUGUGGCGGCGGCGCUGCGAGCGUGCGGUGGACUGCCUGGAGAAGGCCCUGCGGCAGCUGAGCGCCGCGCGGCGCCGGGAGAACCGGCUGCGGAGCGCGCUGUCCCGGCUCCGGGAGAAGCGGCUGCGGCCCGCGGGGCCGGACGACGGGCCGAGGGCCAGGAGGGGCUGGCUGGGCGGCGGGCGGCUGAGGGGGGCCGCCGCCCGGGCCGGGGGCGACGGCGACGGCUCGCUCUGGGCCCAGCCGGAGGAGAGCGAAGGGGAGAUGGAGAGCGAGGAGGCCGGGCUUGGGGAGCCCGCCGCGGAGGACGAGGACGUGGGGGAGUACUGCUUCAGCUGCAACAGAGCAGGGGACGGGUGCUGCGACAGAGGUCCGCGCUCUGUUUCCAGGGCUGCAGAUAGAAGGGAACUCACUGGUGCGCGGCAUGGCGUGGCGAGGUCUCAAGAGGAGGGCUGCACUUGGCUGCCGCUCCUUAAACCCCCCGGAAGUGACGAGGACAGGUUUAUAAAUGGCGAAGGGAAGGCCCUCAUUCAUGAACACCAAUUGAGUGCUCCAGAGUUGGUGGUGAACACUGAUCAUGUGCAGCUCAUGGUUCUGGAGGCACCGCUCGGAGACGGGUUUAAAACGAGUCAUCUACAAAGUGCCUUAAAGCUGCCCCCCUCCCGGAGCCUACUGCAGAGCCAGGCUCAGGCGGGCCUCCAGCGGGUCCUCUUGGGCGAGGAGUCGCUGCAUGGCUCCCAGGGCCCUGAUCCGCGCCCGGCUCUGGCAGACUUCGGUGCCAUGGUGGGUCAAGCCAAGGGUGCAGCGCUUUACAAGGAGCCCUGCCAGCAAGUGUUUUUUGUGCAGGAGAGCACAGAGGGACAGCUGUUGCUCGUGCCCGCCACCACCCAGGACAGAUUAAAAGGUGUGGACAGCACUGAUGAUGGGGCUGGAAAUAUGCAAACUAUACUGGAGCCACACCUGACCUUCCAGACGGAUUUAGGGCUGGUUCCAGAAGACAUACCGAACAGAGGCUUGGAGCCGUCCAAUGGGAAUGUUCUGGGUACAGUCGUGAGAGAAGAUGUGAGGGAAAAACUAAAGGAACAUUUGGAAGGUUUUCAGCUACAGCUCAGUACUGAGUACAUCACUUGAAGAAACGUGGCAUUUUCAGUUUCAUAUGGAGCCCAUUAUUUUUUUGUUUACUAUAUGAUAAAUGAUAGGAUAUAUGUAUAUAUUUAUGUAUAUAUGGAAUAUUUAAUGAAUGUUUGAGUGUUUCUGAGAUGUUUGCAAAUAAUUGACCUAAUAAACCUGAAAUUAAUGCCAAAAUCAAUGUUAUGUUUCAUGCUACACCAAUUAUAAAGUAAAUGGAAAUUUUUGGCAAAAAUGGGUUUGCUUCUGGUUCUGAUCGAUUAUGGCACGAAAGUGUUGAGAUUGAAUCCCCAGUGACCCCUGCGGUGUUGCUCAUGGUAGGAAGAGUC